AUGUGUAGAUUUUUGAUUUUCAAAGGUAAACAGCCAAUCCGGCUUUCUCACCUUUUAACGAGACCAGCUCAUUCUAUUAUAAACCAAUCAUUUGACAGUAGAUUACGUUUAGAUAGAAGAAGACCAAUGAAUGGUGACGGAUUUGGUGUAGCAUACUACCCACUAGACAACGAACUGAGCGAAGACGGCCCAUGUCUUUUCAAAGCUAUCACGCCGGCAUGGAACAAUCAAAAUCUAAGUACACUAGCAGAAAAGACGAAAUCUGAUUUAGUCUUUGCCCACGUAAGGGCCUCCACAUACGGUGUUUUGUCUGAAACAAAUUGCCAUCCGUUUACGUAUCACAGCUUAUGUUUUAUGCAUAAUGGUGGUAUAUCCAAUUUCAAAGGAAUCAAGAGAAAAUUAUUGAAUCACAUUAAGGACGAAUACCUCAAUUUUAUCCAGGGAAGUACAGAUUCCGAGUGUGCAUUUGCAUUGUUUUUGGAUACGCUAGACAAAUUAGGCCAUGAUCCGAAGAAACAAGAGGGCGAUUUUGGUAACGUCGCUCUUAGGAAGGCAAUGCUACAAACCAUUGACUAUAUCAGGGAUUGGACCAAAGAAGCCAACAAGAAUGAAGUGCAUGUGGAUCCAUCUUUAUUGAACUUUGCUGUAACAGAUGGAUCUACCGUCAUUGUUUCCAGAUAUAUAACAUCCAAGACUGACRAGGCAGCAUCCUUACAUUUCAGCUGUGGUUCCAGUUUUGUAGAGACCUCACCAGGGGAAUACAGAGUAGAGAGGCUAGACAGAAAUCAAGAUGUGAUUAUGGUUGCAUCAGAACCAUUGACAUUCGAAAGAGGAGAUUGGACCGCCCUACCCACCAAUAGCAUAUUGACCAUCAAGAAACAGACAAUAUUGCUGCAUCCCAUUAUCGACGAAUAUUACCAAGAAGACCCACUAUACUUAAGAAGCUCCACGCUGGCAGAAAGCAAAGGGCUUAUGGGUUCUAUACCGCUCGCAAAGGCUGUGGAAAGAAAUGUUCCUCCGUUAGAGAGAGAAGGCCGUACAAGACCUCCAACUGCUGCCACACACAUAGCAUAA